CCCGUCCAUCUCAUCUCGCCACACCGCCGACCACCACCAGCAACACACACACAGCAGCCAAGCGAAGCUCGCCGCAGAUCGAAGAUGUCGGGCCGCGGCAAGGGCGGGAAGGGGCUGGGCAAGGGUGGCGCCAAGCGCCACCGAAAGGUUCUCCGCGACAACAUCCAGGGCAUCACCAAGCCGGCCAUCCGUCGGCUGGCGCGGCGGGGCGGCGUGAAGCGCAUCUCGGGGCUCAUCUACGAGGAGACCCGCGGUGUGCUCAAGAUCUUCCUGGAGAACGUCAUCCGCGACGCCGUCACCUACACCGAGCACGCCCGCCGCAAGACCGUCACCGCCAUGGACGUUGUCUACGCCCUCAAGCGCCAGGGCCGCACCCUCUACGGAUUCGGCGGCUAGGCCGCGCCGGUCCACUCAUAUCCACGUCGCGCCGCCAGAUUAGUAGCUAGCCAUGGUUGUUCAGUGUUCAUGGUCUUGGGUGUAAUGGUCGCAUCUCGCCGCUGUAUGUCCUGGCCAUGAUUGUUGUUUGGAUGUAGUCAGAUCUGGGAUGGAAUUGAAGUGGUUUACCCUUGAA